AUGCGCAUAGUGAUCUCUCAAGACAGCGAUGCCGUCGCAGAUUACGUCGCGAGUUACAUCAUUGACAGAAUUCACGACUUUUCGCCCUCAAAAGAGCGACCGUUUGUGCUUGGCCUCCCGACCGGUGGCACUCCAGUGAGGACAUACCAGCGACUUAUCCAGGCAUACCGUGAGGGCCGCGUCAGCUUCCGCAAUGUCGUUACUUUUAAUAUGGACGAGUAUGUUGGGCUUCCCCGCGAGCACCCGCAGAGCUACUUCUACUUUAUGAAGACAAACUUCUUUGAUUUUGUUGACAUCCCCGAGGAGAAUCGCAACCUGCUUGACGGUACCGUUCCUGAUUUGAUCCAAGAAUGCCGGCGUUACGAGGACAAAAUCCGACAGGUGGGUGGCAUUCACUUAUUUCUUGCCGGCAUUGGAACCGACGGCCACAUCGCUUUCAACGAACCAGGAAGCAGCCUCGACAGUGUCACCCGCGUGAAGUCCCUGAACGAUGAGACUGUCGCGUCUAACGCGCGCUUUUUCAAUAACGAUAUUCGCAAGGUUCCGACGAUGGCCCUCACUGUUGGCAUCAGGACAGUGAUGCAGGCGAAGAGCGUUCUUGUGAUUGCGACAGGAUCAAAAAAGGCGAUUGCCGUGGCGCGGUGCGUCGAGGGCAGUGUUAGUCACGUCCACCCUAUCACCGCCCUGCAGUUGCACCCCUCCGCCGUUCUCUGCCUCGACGAAGAUGCGACGCUGGAGCUGAAGGUCAAGACGGUAAAAUACUUUAAAGGGCUUCUGAAGCGCGAGGAUGAGCUCAAAAGGCGCCAGGAACAGGCUCCCAACACCAUGUCGAAGAUGUAA